AUUUUGAAUUUUCAGGGCCACAGACAUAAUAGACAGUCGCUGGUAUUUUGCAGCAAAAUGUCAGCAAAAAAAUAAUUUAAAUUUUGCUAAAUUGGUUGCAUGGUUAAUAAUUGGUUGACGUUAAGUUCGUUCGAUUGUUAUUCGGUCAUGACCGAUUAUCAUGGCGUUUUUGAAGGACCCUUACGGAUGGAAUAGUGUGGAUGUGUGGGAGAAUGAUGGACUAUUUCGCUAUGGACGAGUUGUAGACGUCGCGGAACAAGGACAAGGUUGGAUUGUGGAUUUGGGUUGUGUUGACAGGAGACGGGAACUAUUCCCUUACAGCAGCGUUUUUGCUACAUAUGAGUGCCGGAAAGUGGGUGACAGGUUGAAUAUUUACCGUGAUCGAUCCCGCCAGAAACCUGAUAGGCACCCCGUCGAAGUGCUGCUCCGUGAGCACAAAUCGGGCCCGUGGAUUUGGUGGCCCGCUUCUAUGCUCCACUGGACUGGCAGCUUGCGUGAUGAGCUCAAUAACUACCGAUGGCUGGAAUGGUGCACGGCGGACGGUGUAAAGCAAACAGGCAUUUUUCCAUGUCGAAACAUCCGAGAGGCGUAUGCCGAGUGGCGGCAUCGCCUAGUCAGGCUGCAGCGUCGCGGCAAACCUUUAAGGCUUCGAUGUUGUAGUGAUGACGAGCCUGUUACAGUAGCGACUUUGCUCAGUUGUAUUCCGGAGGGAAUGUUUGAACGGCGACGUAUGCCACUGCCCGAUCGGUACUCUGCGAUACCUAAGUCUAAAUUACUAAAUGUGAUUGCUGAAUGUAUUCGCUCCCAGAAUUACCACUUUAAUAAUGAUUUCUCGUGGUGUGCGGCUCCAGGUGACGUGAUCGGAAAUUGCUUGAUUUAUGCGGAGCACCAGAAGCAAGCUCAUCAAUGGGUUAAUCUCCUAACCCGUGAAGUUCUUGAGCGCAGGAUUGAUUAUUAUAUCGAAAACGAAACGGAAAAGCUCAAUGUCCAGCAGAAUCCUGUGCAGACGGACCCGACCGAAUCACUCGCUGCUGAAAUCUGUGGCAUUUCCAGUUUUCCUGCUGUAUUGUUGGCUGAAAUCUUUUCUUGUCUGGAUACGACUGUGCAAGCACAACUACGUAAAAUUUGUGGGUAUUGGACUUCGGUUCUGGAUUUGCAAAUCAGCCGCAUCAUUCGAAUCUCUGAAAAUCCAUUCACAUUCCCGGAAGAUGACUUUGACGAUAGCGGAUAUGUCGUCGUGGCUCCGAUAUUUAACCACCUGUCCAGUACUACAGAAAGAAUAGUUAUGGCGUAUGGAGCGCCCUAUAUUAUUAGAGAUCUUGCGCAUGACGAAUGGCACGAGGGAGAGUUCUUUACAGCUUUGGCUAUGAUUCAGCAUGUUUCGUUGUCCGGUACAGCCGUUAAUCUGAAAUCCCUCACGAUGGUUGGCAUGGAAUGGGCUAUGCUGUUCGGCAAAAAAGAUACGGAAUACGGCAGUUGCUCCAAUUCCUUACUUCUUGGUGCUUUCAUCCAACGGUGUAAGAUUCUCCAGACCUUGCCAUGUAAAGCGUUGAAAUUUUUUCGGUGUAUCGUUUCUCUGUGUUUCGUUUUCCCCGAUGAUAAUUAUGAACGAAUCCAGUUAAUCGCCAAUAUAUUUGAUGCAAAAAUUGAUCUGUCUAUUGGGGAAUUCGGGUCUGCCUUUUGGAAUGUACUGGAAUCCAGUGUUUGCGCUCCGGAUAUCGGGAAAGUCCAAAUGCUUAAAGACUGGCUGAGAUGGGUUGUCGCGCAUCAGGACAUGGAGAACGACCACAGCCCACCGCCCUGGUCUCGACUGAGCGACAACCGUCCUCGGCGCUUGUUUCGUAUUGUCCAGAAGAUACUUCGUGAAAUUCAGUCGAGUGAUCCCAGAAGCCCUGCUCAUCAGCGAAACAGUAAAUGGUGCCUGGAUGAUGUGCGCCAUCUGGAUACACACAGCCUUUCCAGAAUAACGAUCCGUGUUCUGAUCGAGUUGGCAGACGAAAAUCCAGAAAAGGAUACUUCUGUUACGUCCAUUGCAAAUGCUGAAUCAUGUGGUUCAUACAGCCGCACUCCAAGCCCUUGAUCUUUGCGAAUAUUUCGCACAAGUCACAACUUUCUGCAUUUUCCCAACCUCCAGUUUAUCCAGAAAGUGACAGCGAGAAUUCCAGAACGUCGCUGAAAAGUCCCUUUUUAAGAAAGCAUUUGUUUGGAUCUGGUUAUAAUAGGUUUAUUUUCGAAUUGUUGUUUUUUGAAUUCAGUUCGUUGCUUGAUUGAAAUUAUUUAGCAUCUGUGUACUAAUGAAUACUCGUAGUAUUUGUAUUUGUUCUGCUUGUGUAAAUAAAUGGCUGACUGCGUAUAAAAUAUGAUUUCGUA